AUGUCGACGAACGCAAAAGACUCAGCUGGUAAGAACAUCAAGUAUCCGUGGUGGUAUGGGGGUGCGGCGGGAAUCUUCGCAACUAUGGUGACGCAUCCGCUGGACCUGUCAAAAGUCAGGCUGCAGGCGGCUCCCUUGCCCAAGCCUACUCUGUUCAAGAUGCUGGAGAGCAUUCUGGCACACGAGGGUGUGCUGGGACUAUACUCAGGACUGAGCGCUGCUGUGCUGCGUCAGUGCACAUACACCACGGUGCGGUUCGGUGCUUACGACAUGUUGAAGGAAAAUGUAAUUCCGCAGGACCAGGUGACCAACAUGGCGUAUCUACUGCCCUGCUCAAUGUUCAGCGGCGCCAUCGGUGGGCUUUUGGGGAACUUUGCAGACGUCGUGAACAUCAGGAUGCAAAAUGACUCUGCCUUGGAGCCCGCCAAAAGGAGGAACUACAAGAACGCUAUAGACGGUGUUUACAGGAUAUACCGCCAUGAAGGCGGGCUCAAGACGUUGUUCACUGGGUGGAAGCCCAAUAUAGUCAGAGGUAUCUUGAUGACUGCGAGUCAGGUCGUUACGUAUGACGUGUUCAAGAACUAUCUGGUCACGAAGCUCGAUUUCGACGAAUCCAAGAACUACACACACCUGACCGCGUCGCUGUUGGCUGGGCUGGUAGCCACCACGGUGUGUUCGCCGGCAGACGUUAUGAAGACCCGUAUCAUGAACGGCAGCGGGGACCAUCAACCGGCUUUGAAGAUCCUGGCCGAUGCCAUCCGCAAGGAGGGCCCCUCUUUCAUGUUCAGGGGCUGGCUGCCCAGUUUCACAAGACUGGGUCCCUUCACGGUGUUGAUUUUCUUUGCCAUUGAGCAAUUGAAAAAACACAAGGUGGGCAUGCCAAAGGAAAUAGAAGAUAAGUAG